GCGGGCGCUGGGGUCGUGGUGGCUGGAGCGGCCUGGGCCGCCAGGUUGACGCCUGCGGCUACAGCGGCCGAAGCCCAGGGACGCGCCGCAGCUGUCACCGGAGGGAGGGCCCCGCUGCCGUCGGUGAAACCAGCCCAGAGAAGUUACAGGACUUGCCCCAGACCUCCUGCCCAGCAAGCCGGCACCAGAGACCCAGGUGUUAGUGGAUGAUGGUGGUGGUUCUCUCUCUCACAUGUGAAGGACCAAUGACUAGGGCAGUAAGAUGUUAUGACCAGUUUGCAAGAGAAUGCAAAGAAGAUUCUAGAAGACUGUACAUCAGGAAUAUUGAAAUGAAUGUACAAAUGGAGGACGGAGCCCCUGGACUCGCAGUUUCCUUGCCAGGGAGGAGGAGAAAUCCAUCUGCCUGGGACUGAGUGUGGCCUGAGGGACAGGCCAUCGGUCCUGGAAUGCCCCUGCCCGAGGCCAGCGAGCAGGAGGGUGAGAGCAUGAAGGCCGGCCAGGAGCCAUCCCCUGAGCCGGGCAUGGAUAUCAUCCCAGCAGCCCCCAUCAAGCCCGAGGAGUUCUCCAAACUGGUCCUGCUGACGGCCUCCAACCAGGAUGGGGAUGAGGUGGAAUCUGUGCCCAAAGGAGUGCGCUGUAUCGUGUCCCUGGAGACAUCUGGCCCCACCAUCCUUGCCAGCACUCUGCAGAUCCUGCCAGCUGAGGAGCAGGGGGCAGCAGUCCAGCCAGGUCCCCAGAGCCCUGAGCAGAAAUGCAGCAAGCAGGACACAGCAGCCCCAAAGCCCCUGGAGUUCCUGAGGACCCCGUUUGGGGGCCGCCUCCUGGUGCUGGAAUCAUUCCUGUACAAACAAGAGAAGGCCGUGGGGGACAAGGUGUACUGGAAGUGCCGCCAGCACGCAGCGUUGAGCUGCCGUGGCCGGGCCAUCACCCGAGGCCCAAGGGCCACCGUGAUGCGGGACCACUGCCACCCGCCUGAUGAGGAAGGCCUGGAGGCCCGGCGCCAGAAGGAGAAGCUGCCCAGCCUGGCCCUGCCCGAGGGUUUCGGGGAUCCUCCGGGUCCCGAGGGCCCUGGAGGCCAAGUGGAGGAGCCGCUCGAGGGGGUGGGCCCGUGGCUGUGCCCUGAGGAGCCGGAACCCACCCCUGGUCUGGUGGUGAGCAAGCCGGCCCUGGAGGAAGACAGGGGACCCCGAACGCUAUCGCUGCUGAGUCUGCCCCCCAAGAAACGCCCGACGCUGGGCAUGGGACAGGCCCGGUCCCUCGAGUUCCUAAGGACGUGCUACGGGGGCAGCUUCCUGGUGCACCAGUCAUUCCUCUACAAGCGGGAGAAGGUCGUGGGCGACAAGGUGUACUGGACCUGCCGGGACCACACUCUGCACGGCUGCCGCAGCCGGGCCAUCACCCAGGGCCAGCGGGUGACCGUGAUGCGCAGCCACUGCCAUGCGCCCGACCUGGAGGGCCUGAAGGCCCGGCGGCAGCAGGAGAAGGCCAUGAAGACGCUGCAGGGCAGGCCGGAGGGGCCCGGGGGCCAAGUGGACAAGCUGCUCCAAGGCGUGGACAGUCUGUGCUACCGCAGGGGGCCAGGCACCCUGACCCUCACCAGGCCCAGGCCCAGAAAGCGAGCCAAGGUCAAAGAUCAGGAGCCUCCAGCCCAGCCCCAUGAAGAGGACCAGGACACAGACCCCGGAGGCCCCGAGUUCCUGAGGACCCCGCUCGGGGGCAGCUUCCUGGUGUACGAGUCGUUCCUCUACAGGCGGGAGAAGGCCGCGGGGGAGAAGGUGUACUGGACAUGUCGGGACCAGGCCCGCAUGGGCUGCCGCAGCCGGGCCAUCACCCAGGGCCGGCGGGUGACCGUGAUGCGUGGCCACUGCCACCCGCCUGACCUGGGGGGCCUGGAGGCCCUAAGGCAGCGAGAGAAACGCGCCAGCCCGUUGCCAAGGGGGAGUCCAGUCAGAGAAAGUAAGGAUUCGGCUCCAAUCCACAGGCCCACCGUUCAGGGCACUUAUGCCUGUAAGGUUUUUGGAUUGGCCGGCGCCAGAGAAAGAAAGCAGAGCAGAGUUGAAAGGGGAGGCCCCGAGUUCCUGAGGACCCCGCUGGGGGGCAGCUUCCUGGUGUACGAGUCGUUCCUCUACAGGCGGGAGAAGGCCGCGGGGGAGAAGGUGUACUGGACAUGCCGGGACCAGGCCCGCAUGGGCUGCCGCAGCCGGGCUAUCACCCAGGGCCGGCGGGUGACCGUGAUGCGUGGCCACUGCCACCCGCCUGACCUAGGGGGCCUGGAGGCCCUGAGACAACGGGAGCAGUUCCCCAACCUGGCCCGAUGGGAAGAAGGCCCAGACGCCCUCCGGCCCCUGGAGUUCCUGAGGACGUCCCUCGGAGGCAGGUUCCUGGUGCACGACUCGUUCCUCUACAGGAAGGAAAAGGCCGCGGGGGAGAAGGUGUACUGGAUGUGCCGGGACCAGGCUCGGCUGGGCUGCCGCAGCCGGGCCAUCACCCAGGGCCAGCGGGUGAUGGUGAUGCGUGGCCACUGCCACCCGCCCGACCUGGCGGGCCUCGAGGCCCUGAGGCAGCGGGAGCAGCUGCCCAGCACAGCUCAGCAGGAAGACCCAGAAAAGAUAAAUCUUCUGCCUAAAGUUGAACUGUGCUUCAAGACUUGUUCUCCUGAAAGCCAGCAGACGUACGGGAGCAUGGAUGAUGUAAAAGCUGACAGCGAGGCCCACUGAGGCGGAUCUCCUCCCACGUGGGCAGGGGACACCCGUGCUGCCAGCCCUGAGGUUUCGCGUCCACGCUGGCAUUUCCCAUCCACUUAGAUCUUGCUUGAAAAAAUUUAUUUUCACUCUUCCAAAGCAUCAAUGGCCUUCACAUUUCCUUAAGUCUCCCAGCAGAAUUCUUGGACUGCGUCCUCGUCCUCGUGUCGGCAAAGAAUAGUGCUGGGGGCUGGCGCCUGCAGUCCUGCCUGUGGUGGGAGAGGAUGGUGGCCGCUGACGCCUUCCUGACCUCAGAAAGAUGUGAAGAAGCAUCUUGGGACAAAGAUACCUCCUCCCUGUCCUGCUGCUCCAGCCACAAUCACCUGUGCAUUUUCAGAGCACUCGACUCUCCCAGGGACUUUCCGACUGGGGGUGACCCUGCUCAGCUCAAUAAAGUGAAAAGUGAAACGGUGUCUUAGA